AGUUCAUCUUCUCAAGAAUGCCCAUCUGUGAGCAUAUGGCAGAGUCUCCGGACUGUUCCCAGAUGUCCAACGUGGUCUGCGGCACUGACGGGGUCACAUAUAACAGCGAAUGCCAGCUCUGCUUGACCCGGAUAAAAACCAAACAAGACAUCCAGAUUGUGAAGGAUGGCCAAUGCUGAUCCCACAGGAGCCUCUUAUGCCAUGACGCUUCAGGAUGGAGAACAGUGGUGGAAGUGGAGAGGAUGUGACAUGAAAUAAAAGAUCCAGCCUAACCCAG